CUUUUCUUUAACCUUUAUUUCUGAUUUCUCUGUUUUUUUGUUUUGUUUUGUUUUGUUUUGUUUUGUUUUGUUUAAACUUUUAAUAAUUCUUAAAUUGAGUUUUUCAUUUCCUUCUUUUUUUAGUUUUAAAAUUUUUGUAAUUUUACCGAAAAUAUUGGUAAAAUUUUAAUUAUUAUCAACUCCUUUAAAUCAAUAUUAUCUUCAGCAGACUGUGCAGUUAUACUUUCUCAUAUCCAAUGAUUUCUACUUAUUCCCCUACAUUUUCUCUGUUUUCUAUGUUGUUCAUCGCUUUUCACUAAAAGUUCAAUUUUCAGUUCCUAGUUAAAAUCAAGCUAAGUUUUGAAAGAUGAUGGUAUUUUUUAAGAUUAUUCAAUUAAAGGGAAUGUAUUUAACUCUUAGCUGAAUGCAAAAAUUUCAUACCUCAAAUGAUGACCACAAAACUCCCAAAAUAUACUUAAAAUUAAAAAAUGAUAAACAAAAAAGUUUGGUUUGCAGUUUCAAGUCAUAUUUACAACAUAUUGGGUUCACUUUAAAACUUUUCAAAUACAAAAAACGACUAUCUAAUGCUAAAAGUUGAAUUUUUGCAAUACUGAUGUCUGAUACUUAGGUUAUCACGAUGAUCGUAUAUGACUGAUUUUUAUAGUUUAAAAGGUUUAAAUAUACUCUUUGAAGGAAAAGUGUGUUUGAAAAUCCAAUUGAGUUGAUUAUUG